CUGGUUUUUGACAUAGAGUCUAGAGGAGGAGCCCAGUAUUUAACAGAAGCUUUGAAGAGCAUCAAGAAAGAUAUGGGGCAAGCCAAGCAAAGAUAUGAGCGUUUUGGAGCCCAAUUGGAAUAGGAUCAAGAAAAGUGUUCACCUAAUCAAGAUUCACUCUGAUCUUCGAUGAGUUUUGGAAAGGGUGUUAAAAUGAGAGAGCAAAAUGAAGCACCAGAAAUGCAUGAUGACCUUGGCCAAAUGUCUGUAGUUGAUAACAUUAGCCCUAAAGAGUUGAUAAAAACAAAGGAUUCUCAGCUACAAGAAGAGAUAAAGUGAGUCAAAAUUUAAGAGAACCAAAUCUCAGAGAAUACACUUUUGAACAAUGGUAAAUUUGGAAAAUUUUCCUCUACCAGUAAUUACAGCUCCAAGAUUCUGAAGACCAAGAAUCUGAAUUUAUAUAUCAAAGAGGCUAUUCUGAGAGUGCCCACAAUCAUGGUUCAAUCCAGCCAGCUCUUCAAGAUCUAACUGAGGGCUUUAGCAGAAGUAUAUCGACAAACUCAAUACAGAAUUCAAAGGAACCAGAUGGCUUGUUGAAACCUGUUCAUGAAGGAACUGGAGAGAUUACUUCAUCAAGAUCGAUUGCUAGCCACCCUGUCAACAAAUGUGAGCCUUAUGUGUUCCAAAAGGAAAUUGGUAUGCACUGUUUUCACGACAAGUAUACUACCAGCCCCUAUUACUUCUCCAUUCAGUUAAUCUACCUGGGUUUACAAAGCAGUCAUAGGCUGC